AGUCGCUUGUGUGGCUGUUAUUCUGCCGCCUGCUGACAGUCAGUAGUAGUCGUGGAAUCGCAUGCCACUGUUUAACUGCAAACGGAGCAACUUUAAAUUAGCCUUACAACCCGACGGACAAGUUUAGAAGUGAAAUACUAACUUCACUAGCUGCACGUCUCAAUGGACAUUGUUCAGAAACUGGUGUCCGGAUUUGCUCUGGACCUGGGACCACUGAAAGAGCCUCUUGGAUUUAUCCGUGUCCUAGAAUGGGUCUUCGCCAUCUUUGCCUUCGCCACCACUGGCGGUUACAGCGGGUCGACCCAUUUCUCAGUGAAAUGUACUGACAAGGAACUUGAAGUAAACCCUACGUUUGGAUAUCCGUUCAGGUUGUCAGCUGACUCCUACAAGAUACCAUCAUGUAACGACAGUAAAGUAUUCACUGAUGCCUACCUGCAGGGAGACUUCUCCUCCUCAGCACAGUUCUAUGUAUCUGUGGGUGUGUUUGGGUUCCUCUACUGCACUGCCACACUCAUCCUCUACUUGGGUUACCAGAACAUCUACCGCCAGACCACCCGUGGUCCCAUCGUAGACCUGGUGGUGACUGCUGCCUUCGCCUUCCUGUGGCUUGUGUCCUCCUCAGCGUGGGGCAAAGGCCUGACUGAUGUCAAAUGGGCCACUAACCCCGAUCACAUAGUGGAAGUCUGCGCUCCCAUCUGUACGCCAGGAGAGUAUCCAUCUAUGGGCCGCCUCAACGCCUCUGUGACUUUUGGCUUUUUGAACUUGAUCCUGUGGGCAGGUAACUGCUGGUUCAUUUACAAGGAGACUCCCUUCCACAAAGAUCCCAACCCACCGGCCACCAUGGAGGAAGGAGGGGUCCCUGGGCCCUAACCAGUUCACUGAGGCUCACCAGUCAUAGCCCUGUACCCACAGCAGAGUUGCUUUGUGCCCAACACUGGUUCUAAUGUUAACCUGCAGAAACGGAAAAAAAAGGAAAACAAUUGUCCCAAAACCCCCCCGACCCUGAUCCUCAGCUAUUUUCACGGGUCUUCAGCUCAACUUAAUCUAGUCCCUAACAACUGAAAAACCUUUUCUUCUUCUUUAAAAAAAAAAAAAAAAAAAACUAUCAUCAACUUCCAAUUCCCAUGUGCCUUGGAAACACAAAGUGCAAAUACACACUAAAAUGCUUACACACUACGUACAACAAGAGUUGCUGUGAAUGUAGAGUUUAAACCUGUUUGGUGUUGAAAAUAGCAGGCCUGCUGUGCAUUUGCUUCCACCUCAGCGCAAUAUCCUCCCUUGAUGUUUGCCCUUCAGGGGAACACCUUGUGAUGAAAUUGUGAUGUAAGACACCAGAAUCCCCUGUGGCCUUCAGCGACGGGGGAAAAAAGGCAAGUUGAAAUCUGACGUCCUCUCACAACUGAGAAGCGUUGUCAUGAGAACCAACAUCUAGAAGAACACAUUUUAGGUGGAAGCCAAUGCACCCGGCUCAGGACCUGUUCUUCUUCCAUGGUGUAAUCUGUAUGUGGAAGUGCUGCAGUUCAGAUUCCAAAUACUGUCAUGCUAAAGAUGUCAUUUACUCAAUGUCAAUAUAAAUAAGCCAUAUCCUAAAGGUUACUGUUAUAUGAUGAAUGCUUUUUCUUUCAUUUAAAGAAGAAAAGAUGAUAGCAGGACCUUAUUGUAUCACUAGACUACUGAAAAAAUAUUCUGGUCUUCUUUGAACUCUGCCUCCAAGACAUAAGACCAUGUUAUAAUUAAUCAUCCCCCAACAUCCAUGUCACCCCUACCCCACACUGAUGUUCUAAUCUUAUGAUACAACCUCGAUAACCACAUGAAUGUUACAGAUCACACUUUGAUUUUCUUGCACUUCACUGUUCACUACAAAAAGAAUACACACUGUAAGUAAAAAGACAAAGCCACACUACAAUCUACUGCACCGCUGUGUCUUUUAAAGUAGGGAAGCACACACCUUUAUUUUGAAAGUUUCAUUUUUGACUGAUAUUUCAGGUUGAGACAGCAUGUGCCUCACACGUUUAUUUCCAGGCUUUCUACAUGUUUACUUCAGUAGCUGUUGUACAUGACCUCAUAGUCUAAAAAACUGACGAGGCCAAACCAUGUUUCAUUGUCAUUAUCAUUUACAUUACACACUAACACUAAGAUUCAUGAUUUUUUGAACUGUCUUGCAAAAGGUGACUUGCAGUGACACUAUUUAUAUACAAUUCAUAUGUUUGUUUUUUUAUCUGCAUUAAUUGGUCCAUUGCAUAUUUUAAAGCCACUGUUGGGUUUCUGUUUGUAUUUCCCUAUGGAAAAAUUGUCCAUGUGCAGCUUUUCUUUUUCUUUUUCUUUUUCUUUAUUUUUCUUUUGUAACAAAUUUGCUGUUAAAUUGGUUGUACCACUGCAUAGCUUCAGGGUUAAUCUAGUGAUGAUAAAUAGUUGAAGUAAAAGAAGUGGCAGGGUGUGGUUGCCAGUAAUCCUGCUGUAUUCCUUCACGACUUCCAGCGUACAGUACAUGUAACCUGACAGCCAUUGCCAUACAUAUACAGAAUAUCACAAGGUUUUGUAUUGAACUUGUAUAGUUGUUCUGAGUCACUGUUGGUAACCGUCAAAACACUGACUUUUUCAUUGCACUAAGACAGAUCUAAUGUCUAUGAAGUAACUGUGCAUGAAUAGAUUGUUUUUGGAUUGGAGUCAUUGGAGCGGCCUGUGCAGUUUUUGUAUUUAACAGCUGAAGCCACUAGGGAAUAUAAGGGCGGCUGUUUGAGUCACUAUAAGUAAUCUAAGUAAUAUAUUUUCCACACUAAUUGAAAUGAGACGUAUAUAAUAAAAUUUCUUUAUCAAUUUUAAACAAACAACAAAUCUUAGUUAGAGCACAGUGAUUUGUGGGAUGUUCAUGUACUAGAAUGUUGACAUUGGACUCGUCAUUUAUGUAUUUUAUGCCAUUUUGUGCAGAAGGAAACAAUGGUCUGUCUGUAUUGACGUGUAAAACAUGACAGCUGCAACUGCUGGAUUCUGACUUUUUUUUAUUAUAUUGCAAACUGAGUUAUUAAUAGUUCAGUACAUCUGUACUUGUUCACCACCUUGAUGAUUUAAAGCCAAUGUGUGCAGAACCUCGA